AUGCCUCUCUCUCUCUCUCCUCAGCAAAUCCUCACGAAAUCAUUACUUCAAGCCUCUGUUCCUCAUAGGAAACCCAAGCCUUCUCUCUCUCAUGCUAAACUCACGAAUGCUCAGCUCCCAUGCCACAAGCUUCUCAUGUCAAGCCAAGAAUUUAUCUGUAAGCGACUGUUGGUUUCAUUAGUGAAGAAGACCAAGGUGUUUCCUAAGGCUCAGCUACCCUUUCGAAACACUCUUAGGGCAUGA